AUGAUGGGCUCUGUGCUCCCAGCUGAGGCCCUGGUGCUCAAAACAGGGCUGAAGGCUCCGGGGCUGGCGUUGGCAGAGGUCAUCACCUCCGACAUUCUACACAGUUUCUUAUAUGGCCGAUGGCGCAAUGUGUUAGGCGAGCAGCUGCUGGAGGACAAGAGCCACCAUGCCAGCCCAAAGACCGCCUUCACCGCUGAAGUCCUGGCUCAGUCAUUCUCAGGAGAGGUGCAGAAGCUGUCCAGCCUGGUGCUGCCGGUGGAAGUGAUCAUCGCUCAGAGUUCCAUCCCAGGCGAGGGCCUUGGCAUCUUCUCCAAGACGUGGAUCAAGGCAGGCACGGAGAUGGGUCCCUUCACGGGCCGCGUCAUUGCUCCGGAGCAUGUGGAUCUCUGCAAGAACAACAAUCUGAUGUGGGAGGUAUUCAACGAGGAUGGCACAGUACGCUACUUCAUUGAUGCCAGCCAGGAAGACCACCGAAGCUGGAUGACCUACAUCAAGUGUGCCCGGAAUGAGCAGGAGCAGAACCUAGAGGUGGUCCAGAUUGGCACCAGCAUCUUCUACAAGGCCAUCGAGAUGAUCCCUCCGGACCAGGAGCUGCUGGUGUGGUACGGAAAUUCCCACAACACCUUCCUGGGCAUCCCUGGUGUGCCAGGCCUGGAAGAGGAGCAGAAGAAAAACAAGCAUGAGGACUUCCACCCGGCGGACUCCGCGACCGGCACCGCGGGCCGCAUGCGCUGCGUCAUCUGCCACCGAGGUUUCAACUCCCGCAGCAACCUGCGCUCGCACAUGCGCAUCCACACGCUGGACAAGCCCUUCGUGUGCCGCUUCUGCAACCGCCGCUUCAGCCAGUCGUCCACGCUGCGCAACCACGUGCGCCUGCACACGGGCGAGCGCCCCUAUAAGUGCCAGGUGUGCCAGAGCGCCUACUCGCAGCUGGCCGGCCUGCGCGCUCACCAGAAAAGCGCGCGUCACCGGCCGCCCAGCGCCGCGCUGCAGGCACACUCGCCCGCACUGCCCGCGCCCCACGCGCACGCGCCCGCCCUCGCCGCCGCCGCCGCCGCAGCAGCAGCCGCGGCGCACCACCUGCCGGCCAUGGUGCUGUGA